AUGACCGCCUUACUCCGGUAUUUCCGCCUGCUGCAGCAAGGAGCAAGCCAGCCUGGCCAAUGGCGUUGCAACAGACGUCCCAAAGCGGGAAGAUGCACUUUACCGAGGCUCGGCAUAUUCUCCGGCAGCGUCGUCGGCUUGGAGCCCGCAUUUAUCCCGCGCGCCGGUAGCACCGAGGAGGGCGAUGGGUACUUGGUGGUGCUGGUCAGCCAGCUCCAUGAGCUGCGUAAUGAUGUGUGCAUUCUCGACGCGCGUAAUAUUGCCAAGGGCCCGCUGGCUGUUGUGCACCUGCCAUUCAAGCUGCGCCUCGGCCUGCACAGCAACUUUGUCGAGCAGGCCGAGAUCGACGCAUGGAAGGGGCGGCACGAGGCCAAGCUGGGGCCCGUCAAGCCGCUGUCGUGGCAGAAGAAGGCGGGACGGACGGGCAGUCAAGGAACGGGGACGGAGUCCGCAGUGUGA